GGGCCUACUUCCUACCUGUCAAUAUGCGUCAAUCCUGGCAUCGGGUGGAUAGCAAGCAAAAUCGGACAUUCCAACUUUACCAGCAGUGCUAAAACUCUCAUGUCCUCCAUCGGCGGAAGGUUGAAGUUGCAUAAACGAUUGAGCAAAGAGGGCAUUGAAGAUCCCGAUCCGAAGACAGCAUGGAAAUACACACGAGCAUAUUUCGAGGAGACUGUAAUAUCGACGUUUUAUCUCAUCAGCCGACAAUCGUUCGAAGCACGCCUGAUAAGACAUAUUGAGAACCCAUCAGCCAGCCAGGAAGACAGUGUAUGGUUCGCGAUACGAAACAUUGUUUACGCUAGCGGAUGUAGGGCCCUGAUGUCCAAAACUCAUUCUUGGAGGGAAUCCCAGUCAAAGUCGGGGCAGUACUUUGAAAACGCCUUGCGUGUUGAGACAGAUCUCAUCCACGGCGCAUAUGGACUAUCUGCCAUCCGGGCCCUCUUAGCCAUGGUGAGUGCAAUCUUUUCCGAGGGAGGAGGCUGCCAGAAACUCGAAUACAUGCUCGUCGGGUGCGCUUUGCGGCUCGCCCAAUCUAAAGGCUUGCACCUACGCUCCCACACAUCAAGGAUUUCCAAGGAGGAGGAUACGAAGCGAAGUUGGUUAUUCUGGACGCUGUAUUGUUUCGAAAAACACCUCUCAUUGCGCUCCGGGCGUCCAUCGGCUAUUGACGACGACGACAUUAGCUGCGAACUUCCUUCCCAAGCCCCCGAUGGGAAUCCACAUAGACUUGAGUGGUUCCUAUUGGUCAUUCGCCAAGCAAAAAUAUCGUCGUCUAUCAUCCAAAACUUUUCGACGGUAAAGGCACGCCAGCAAUCCCUAACAUGCGUGGCCAAGCUGGUACAUGAACAUGAUCAAGAGUUACGAAGGUGGUUCGACGACGUUCCAGCGCUUUAUAAGCAAAAUCCUUCCGCCGUGGCCAUUCGGUUGCCGAGUGGUAUUCUAGAUGAUCAUCUUCACUACCUCUGUCUUUCCUACCACGGGAAUUUAGCAAUCGUCCAUUGCAUCUUUGGUCACCCUUGGAACGUUCCAGGUCCGGUAGACGAUCAAGAUAAAGCAGUUCGGGAGAUGCUGGCUAGUAGCUAUAUAGCCCUGGCCGACUGCUCAAGGGCUAUUAUCCUCGCUACAAGAUCGAUAAAGGUGAUUUCAAUGGCGCCGGCUUGGCUUCUAUUUUACUACCCCCUCAUAGGCAUGAUCAACAUGUUUAUUUGCAUCCUCAACUCGCCCAAGUCCGAGCACACAUCACGAGAUAUUAGCUUAUUGGAGACGGCGGCUGGGUAUUUCGGGUAUCUAGAUUAUGAGAGUGAUGGAGUGAUAUCAUUCUCAUUCACAGCGAGUCUUGGGACCUGGGCUCGACAGGCGGUUUCGAAUGCAAAUGUGCAACAAGAGAGUCUGCCAGCUUCAGAUCUACAUCGUGAAUCGACUAGACAGACAGACUACGGAGAUAUAAACUUCUUUGAUGAGGUAUUCACCCUUCUGCACAUGUGUUUUCACUUCUAA